CCAAUCCAUUGGGCCGUUGACCCAGCAAAUCUAAUUCCAUAUCACUCGGUUCGACCCGGUAACCCUUCUCAAAAGUUCAUCGUUACAAAACAAAAUUUCCCUUUUCUUCGCGUUCACCGUACAGCAUCUCUGCAAACCCUCAUCGCAGAUCCCAGCGAGAGAACUCCCUCUACCUUAUCGAAUCGCCAUGGAUUAUGGAGCUCGAAGAAGAGGUCAAGGAGGCAUCUUCGAAGGUCUCUACAGAGUCAUCAUGCGCCGUAACUCCGUUUACGUCACCUUCGUCAUCGCCGGCGCUUUCCUUGGAGAACGGGCUGUGGAUUAUGGAGUCCAUAAGCUCUGGGAAUACAACAAUGUUGGGAAACGAUAUGAAGACAUUCCAGUGUUAGGACAGAGGCAAUCAGAGGAAUGAAAUCAUCCUGCUCUUUCUGGAUAUUUUGAAGUUGUUAUUGAGGAUAGGGUCUGAGCAUAUAUCAAUUAGGUAGCAAUGCUCAUUGUUGCAAUAAAAUGUUAUUUGUUUUGGUGGAACAUAUUUGUUUCUUAACCAUGAGCUGGUUGAAUUGAAUCAUCUUUGAAAAUUUUGGAUUAUUAUUCAGAAUUGAUGGAUGGCUACGAUGUAUACUGAUCUACUUCUUGCAUCACUGUCCGAUUUGUGAUUGUUGAAUGUAGAUUAAUCUCAGCAUGAAUGACU